AUGCGACGGGCAUGGCUGAUAGCUCUGCUCAUAGGGGCCGUCUUCUCCAUUGUACUCGAACGAUACAGUACACUGGAAGGAUACAGUGGAAUUCUCAAGAGCUGGAUUCUGAUUUUCUCCUCCAUCGCGACAUCUACGAAGCCGGAAAUUAAAAUUACCCCACGAACACAAUUACGCGGCAACAACGACGUGCCACAGCUCCUGCGAGACCAUGCUGGGCUGUACCUGGACAAGACCCGCGCGCCCGAACUGAGAAAUGCGCUGCUUCUUACAGCUGCGAACUACGGCUACAUGGACAUGCUGCGGAACUGGGAGUGUUAUGCACGAAAGCUCGGUUUGGAUUGGCUUGUCGUUGCACUAGACGACCAAGUCUAUCAAGAGCUUGGUCCAGAACGCAGCUUUCUGACCGUAGGCGAGCGCCACGGGUCCUACGAACGCUUUGGAAGUCCUGGUUUCAAGAUUGUGGGAUGCAACAAGCUGCGGUCAAUGUUGUCUGUGCUUGUGGAGACGCAGCUGGAUGUGGUGUUCUCAGACGGCGACAGUGUGUUCAAGAGCGACCCAUUCCUCCCGUCACUCUCGCUUGGAAGUAUGAUGCGCUCGGGGAAGUACGACAUGAUUUACGGACGCAAAAUCAUACCACCCGGAGCCAAGAAAGAUGAGUACCACCAAGAACCGAUCAAGGGCAACACCGGCUUCUACUAUGUGUCAGGUGGAAGGAAGCCGCGAAUCAUGCAGCGCAUGUUCAACAUCAGCAUCCAGUGGUGCGACAAGCGGCCCGACCAAGAUGACCAAGAGAAUUUCUGGGAUGCACUUGUGGUCGAGCGGAAGCGGAAGCCAAAAGACAAGGAGUUUUUCGCGUGUUUUCGGCACUGCGAUAGCACCCAGUGCAGCGGCAUCGAAGGGGACAAGGUCUUUGACUACUGUGACAUGAGUCCUUGGGAAUACCUGGACGGUGCGAUCCAGCCGACAGAUGCGGUGAAGGCACCGUAUCACAUGGUGUCCUAUCACGCCACGUGGGUUUUUGGAAAGGAGAAGAAACAGCAGAAACUGAAGACCGUUGACCUAUGGGACGCUGCAUGUGCCAGCAAAGCCUUCAAGGGUGAGGUGGUUGCAUCAGCCUUGCCAGCAAAUUCCGCCUCGCUGAUGGCCCAAACUGUCCAAAGCGAGACCGCAGUUGUACAAAGUGGCGGACAACUUCCACAGCUUCUUCGAAAACAUGCUGGGCUGUACCUGGACAAGACCCGCGCACCCGAACUGAGCAAUGCUCUUCUUCUUACAGCCGCGAACUACGGCUACAUGGACAUGCUGCGGAACUGGGAGUGUUAUGCACGAAAGCUCGGUUUGGAUUGGCUUGUCGUUGCACUAGACGACCAAGUCUAUCAAGAGCUUGGACCAGAACGCAGCUUUCUGACCGUAGGCGAGCGCCACGGGUCCUAUGAACGCUUUGGAAGUCCUGGUUUCAAGAUUGUGGGAUGCAACAAGCUGCGGUCAAUGUUGUCUGUGCUUGUGGAGACGCAGCUGGAUGUGGUGUUCUCAGACGGCGACAGUGUGUUCAAGAGCGACCCAUUCCUCCCGUCACUCUCGCUUGGAAGUAUGAUGCGCUCGGGGAAGUACGACAUGAUUUACGGACGCAAAAUCAUACCACCCGGAGCCAAGAAAGAUGAGUACCACCAAGAACCGAUCAAGGGCAACACCGGCUUCUACUAUGUGUCAGGUGGAAGGAAGCCGCGAAUCAUGCAGCGCAUGUUCAACAUCAGCAUUCAGUGGUGCGACAGGCGGCCCGACCAAGAUGACCAAGAGAAUUUCUGGGAUGCACUUGUGGUCGAGCGGAAGCGGAAGCCAAAAGACAAGGAGUUUUUCGCGUGUUUUCGGCACUGCGAUAGCACCCAGUGCAGCGGCAUCGAAGGGGCCAAGGUCUUUGACUACUGUGACAUGAGUCCUUGGGAAUACCUGGACGGUGCGAUCGAGCCGACAGAUGCGUUGAAGGCGCCGUAUCACAUGGUGUCCUAUCACGCCACGUGGGUUUUUGGCAAGGAGAAGAAACAGCAGAAACUGAAGACCGUUGGGCUAUGGGACGCUGCAUGUGCCAGCAAAGCCUUCAAGGGUGAGGUGGUUGCAUCAGCCUUGCCAGCAAAUUCCGCCUCGCUGAUGGCCCAAACUGUCCAAAGCGAGACCGCAGUUGUACAAAAGGGCGGACGACUUCCACAGCUUCUUCGAAAACAUGCUGGGCUGUACCUGGACAAGACCCGCGCACCCGAACUGAGCAAUGCUCUUCUUCUCACAGCUGCGAACUACGGAUACUUGGACAUGUUGCAGAACUGGGAAUGUUAUGCAAGAAAGUUCGGCUUGGACUGGCUGGUCGUGGCACUCGAUGACAAAAUCUAUCAAGAGCUUGGUCCAGAGCGCAGCUUUCUGACCGUCGGCGAGCGCCACGGGUCCUACGAACGCUUUGGAAGUCCUGGUUUCCAGAUUGUGGGAUGCAACAAGCUGCGGUCAAUGUUGUAUGUGCUUCUGGAGACACAGCUGGAUGUGGUGUUCUCAGACGGCGACAGUGUGUUCAAGAGCGACCCAUUCCUCCCGUCACUCUCGCUUGGAAGUAUGAUGCGCUCGGGGAAGUACGACAUGAUUUACGGACGCAAAAUCAAGCCACCGGGGCCUAGGACAGACGAGCACCACCAAGAGCCAAUCAAGGGUAACACCGGCUUCUACUAUGUGUCAGGUGGAAGGAAGCCACGAAUCAUGCAGCGAAUGUUCAACAUCAGCAUUCAUUGGUGCAACAACAGGCCCGGCCUGGAUGACCAAGAGAACUUCUGGGAUGCACUUGUGGUUGAGCGGAAGCGGAAGCCAAAAGACAAUGAGUUUUUCGCAUGUUUCCGGCACUGCGACAGCACUCAAUGUGCAGGCAUGGCAGGGGAGGCAGUCUUUGACUAUUGCGACAUGAACCCAUGGGAGUACAUCGAUGGCACGACUCGACUGGACGCUCCUACGGUCCGUACGAACAUGCGUGAGGUGACCUCCCGAUACCUUCGUGAAGACCGUGAAGAGAUCGGUGAUGCAGAAGGCGAGUUGCUGGCUGCUUGCCACGCAGCAGAGGAGCAGCUGCGGAACGCCGACACGCAGGAUUCUGGGACAUCUCCGCAGAAGCAGGAGAGCGCUAGCUUGCUGCAGGUGAGCCGGGACGAAGGUAGCCAGCCCACCCCAUGUUGGUCUGCAAUGCCACUCGAUGUGUGA